CUCCCCUAUUUCCUUGUUCUUUUCUUUUCUUUUUCCUUCCCAUUUCUUGGGAGACCUUUUCUGAAUGUUUCCAUCUCCAAUGGCUUCUUCAAAGAAAUGGGCAACUUCCAUUUCCUCCAUUGCUUCUGUUAUGUAUCUCCUCCUCAUAAUCUUCCAAAUCCCUCUUUUCAGGGUACAAUGUAGAUUUGGAAUCUGCAAAACUCCCAUUGAGAUAACAUCCUCCCAGUUGAUUGCCACUGAACUCUUCCCUACACAUGUUGUUAAGGUCCUUCUAUAUCCAGGGGCAAUUGUCAAUGGCAUUAUCACAAACAAAACUCUUCCAAGUUACAGCAAAUUGCUCAAUUAUAUAAAACCGCCAGUUCGAGGAAAUCUACUGCAGUAUCCGAUCUCCAGCGCCUCGAGAUUGUUGCAGGAAGCUACUUGUCUGUGGUGGGAGCUUUUCUAGGUCUGUCAAGGCGUGGAAGGAUGAGUCUCUUUGGGACAAUGCUUAUCAUAUGGGGUUUUCUCAGAGAAAACAUUCUGGGACAAUUUCAAUGCAU